UUGCUUUGCAAUGAUCAAAUGAUAUAAUCAGACGGUUUUAUGAGCCAAAUAAAUAUAUGGCUGGUUAUCGCUUUUUUAAGUUUCCUUGGCUAAUGAUAAGCGAUGCAGGAGGAAAUGAGCAUAUUGGAAAGUCGAAAUGGGCCUCAAGUCCAAUUUUUGCUUGGUUCAGUGAUACUUUGUUUAAUUUAAAUUUAAAAAGUGCACUACUUUACAGUUUUUUUUGUACUUUUGGCUUCAUACAUCUCCAAAUACAAAAUUCAGGGUAGUCAGAUCUGGUGAUCUCGGUGGCCAAUGGUGGGCCAUCCAGCCACCUCUGAAAUGUUUUCUUAGAAAAAGCCUAACGAUUUUCCGUCUAUCAUAACUUAAAAUUAUGCGUGAUAUCUAAAGAAACUUCCUCCAAUAUUUCCUCUAACGAUCUUAAACACCCAACAACAAAAAAUGUAGAAUGCCGCAGCAUAUAAUAAUAGUAAAUCGACGUUGUAAAUUGUAUUCUUGCGAAGCUUGGGGAUUUUCCGGCGACCAUCGAUGAUUAUUCUCACAUUGUUAAUUCGAUUUCGAGUAAACUGAGCUUUGUCCGUAAACAAGCACUUGAGGAAUCGUCCGUUUUCACGAAUCAUUUCAGAAAAUUGACAUUUUAAAUUUUUAAAUCUUGUCCAACCAAUGGGUUUAAAAGUGCAUUGUUAUACGCCCUGAAAAAAUCUGCAAAUUAAGAGAGUGAAGAUCGACAUGGCCGGAAGCGGGGAGUAGAGAAUGUGCACUUGGAAUGAUAAUCACCGCAGAAAUGUGACGAAAUUUAUCCCAGUGUGGGCAAAUAUUCGACAGUUUUAUCAUUAAAAACCCGUUUUUUUUUUAAAUAACAACCAUUGUCUUUACAACUUCAACAAUAUUGCCCACAACAUGCAAGGUCAACAUCAACGAAUCCAUUGAAAUUUCCGAGCGAACAUUCCCAAAUCGUUGAUGCCUUUAUUAUCAAUACAGCACAUAUCAUGUAACACAUGUGAAUCUCGUCGGCUAUUGAAAACAAUUACCAUUGAUAUGUUAAUGAUGAUUUUCUAUAAACAAAAUAAACGCUCGAUUAAAAUCUAUUUACAGAGUACUUAAACAUCGUAAUGUGAUGAAGUGCCGCUGCCAUGUUUACAUUUUCCGAUCCAAGUUUUUGAUUCCGCUUAAAGUUGGAUUGCUGUUGAACAAACAUUUGUAUUUAUAUAAAGUGGCGGUUGCGAAUCUAGAUCAAAAACAUGAAAAUGGUUGCAACAGCAGCAAGAGAAACGUCUAGCAAAAUUGAUUGGACAAUUUCCAUUCAUAGUGGGGUGUGUUAGCGUUAAAUAAAUAAUCGCAAUGUGCUACGGCCACAAAUCAGAAGGCAAUAAUUUUUAAUUUUGCUACUGGGAUAUUUGGCAAUAUUCAAUAAUAGCCGUGUGUGGUAAAUUGGUUUUUCUCAAAAGCGCAUAAAAACGCCGGAUAAAUGGCUCAUAAAACCCAUAGAAUAAUUACCACAGGUUGAAUCGAAACAACAGUCUGAUAAUGAGCGCAGUUGGUUUUCAUGGGCAUUAAACAAUUCCCCAUUAAGUUCACCUUGUUUGUGUUGUUUGGAUAAGCUUCGAUUUUUAAUUGUAGUUAAGUUCUGAGCUGUUCGACUCACAUCUAUUAUUCAAACAUUUUUAAUCGCUGAAAUCGAUUCUUUAAUUGGAUUCGCUAAUUUUCAUUAGCGCCGUGAUUUUUCCUUAAAGCAAUCAAAUGAAAUUGUUCAGCGCGGCUCAUAACCAUUGAAAACCUAAAAUUCAAUGGUGCGUUUUUUCAAUGCGAAUGAUCAAAAUAUACACGCAAUUCAUUAUAAUCUCAAUUGUUUACGAACAAUUCUAUAAAAAGCCUGAACAUUUUAAAUAUGGUGUUUCUAAUUUAAAUGGGAACAGAUCGUCUCUUAUCUUGCAUUCUUAUCAAUCCAAGCCUUUAACCCAAUCGAAACCGACUGGAUUUCGGACCCAAAAAUAGAAGUAAUUUGGUUAAAAACGCCUGUUUAGUUCACAUGAAAAACAAUUGUUUCAAGCGCGGCAUCCCGGAUGUGCUAAAGGUCGCAGAACAACAAUUUUUAAAAACAUUUUAAUGUUGCAUUCAUUGUAAAUUAGCCAUAUUAUACGCAUAUACUGGGUGGUUCAGCUCAUAUCCAGAAAUUUCUCUUUAAGGCUCUACCGGGCCUUAAUUGGUUUUAUUUCAAUUUAUUUGCACAAAGUAACUGGAAACGAAGCACACGUUAAGUCGUAAAAAUACACAUGCACUGGUGCUCGCGGUGAUUGCAGCUGGAGCUUGAUGGUGGUGAUUCUGACUGAACCGCUUUGAGGGAAUGAGAAAGUCAAAAGAGGACACCCUGGCAGGCAAUCAGAUGGUCAGAUGCAGAGGGUCAACUAACUGAAAUUUAUCUUCCAAUAAAAUGGAUAUCAAUCAAUCGGCACUAGUCAUUUGCAGGUCGGACAGCAGGCGAAGGAAAUAGACAUUUAUAUGGGAUGGAUACUGGAAAAUACUUAAAGAACGCUUCUUCAAUGUACUACAACACGACGUUCGACGAUGUUCAGAAUGAUUUAUCCGACGACGAAGACAUUUGGGACAACCUCUUGCUCUUCAUCAAGGCAACGAUCAUGGGAAGCAUCAUCAUAGCGUCGAUCUUCGGCAAUCUGCUCGUCAUCGUUUCGGUGAUGCGACACAGAAAAUUGCGCGUUAUCACCAACUACUACGUCAUAUCGCUAGCGCUAGCUGAUAUGCUUGUCGCUAUGUUCGCUAUGAGUUUCAAUGCCAGCGUCGAGAUCUUCAACCGAUGGCUGUUCAGCUAUCGACUGUGCGAUGUCUGGAACAGUAUGGAUGUGUACUUUUCCACAGUGUCCAUCCUGCAUCUGUGUGAUAUCAGUAUAGACAGGUAUUACGCCAUAUGUAAGCCACUGAAGUACUCGCUACACAUGACGAAAAAAGUGGUAGCCAUGAUGUUGGUGAACACUUGGGUGAGUCCCGCCUUCCUCAGCUUCCUCCCAAUCUUCAUGGGCUGGUACACCACCAAAGAGCACCAAGAGUUCAGGCGGAAGCACCCAGAUGAGUGUGUGUUUGUGGUCAACCAAACUUAUGCGGUUAUCAGCAGCAGCAUCAGCUUCUGGAUACCGGGGUCGAUCAUGAUCUACAUGUAUUCGCAAAUAUUCAAAGAAGCCAAUAGGCAGGAAAAGGAAAUGUUCAACCGACAUGGAGCUGCCAUGCUUCUUCAUGCGAACAACACGAAUGGAGACAUGCUGUCGAAUUCAGGCGGCUCCUCCAAGACGCUCACAUUGCACGAAAUCAACCAAGACCUGCAUCACACCCCUACAAGGGAGCGAAGCAUUAGUCGAAUGAAGAGAGAACAUAAGGCUGCAAGAACUCUGGGAAUUAUCAUGGGUAUAUUCAUACUGUGCUGGCUUCCCUUCUUCCUCUGGUACGACAGCGUGACGUUUUGCACCACGUGUGAAUGCCCCCACUUAGUAGUGGCCAUGUUGUUCUGGAUUGGCUACUUCAACUCCACCCUCAAUCCCUUGAUCUACGCCUACUUCAAUAAGGACUUCAGGGAGGCGUUCAAGAACACGCUCCAAUGCGCCUUCUGCUCACUCUGUCAAAGGCCUCCGUCCGAUCUGAACUACAUCGAUCAGAGGCGGCCCAGUGUCAGGUAUGAGGAUCGGACUCGAAGUGUUUUUUCCGAAACGUACUUGAAACACAACGUGGACAGGAGAAGUUCGGAGUUUGGGUCGACUCUUUGAGUGGACCUCACUAGCAGCCGAUUGACCACCACGAGUUUCUGAUUGGAAACCUGGGUGUAAGGUUUGGUGGAGAAUUUUUCCAGUUUGGAUUGCUUGAGUGUUUUAUACAGUCUGGGAUUUUUCGCGAAAACACCAAUCGAUCCGGAAAGUACACGUUCCUUUACUCGUCUUGCUCCAGCUGGGGAUUUCAAUCAACUAGCUGACAAAGGAUUUUUUUGGCUGGCUUCUGCUGAAGAAUUUGCUCAGCAUACCUAAUCCAGGAUGAUUAAGAAUGUAAUACAAAUAUUCUAGUGUGGUGUAAGAUAGGCGAAGUGCAACGCGUAGCUUAGGAGUGAUUUUAAACGAAACCUUCGACAAUCGGCUGCUAGUUCGUAAAUAUUUGCCAAAGUUAACAAAUAAUGGUGCUGUAUAUUGUAAGAUUUUUUACUGCAAUUGCCUUUUCCAGACAAAUAUAUGCGCUAGAAAUUACAGAAUAAGACCGAUGGCAGCCCCAAAUCGAGUUGUUUAACCGCCAGAAUCAUCUGGCUUUAACCGGUUUUGCAUCACGGUUCAUAAUGAGUGUCGCAAGUGGAAGCGAAACGUUGUUCUGGAGUAAACUCGGUUCUUGACUGUUCCAUUGCGGUGCUUGAAGUCGAACAAGUGGAUACAUUUUUCAUGCUCCUUUUCUUCAAAAAAAUUAUGUUUUUUUAAAUAUCUGGACGAAGUUAAUGAAAUUCGCUGUGAAUUUGUUUAUGUGUAAUCCUCAUGUUUUGAUGAAACAAGCGAGAUCAUCCGCUUUGGGCGAGUGAGGAAUUUUUGAAUGUCUUGGUACGAAAACUACCAAAAGUUUGUUUUGGUAGCAGGAAUCAGGUGAUUUUUUUCGAGUUGAUGCGGUUGGGACAUUUUCGGACCCUUUCUAAAGUCUUGUAGCAAUCGCAGUUUUUGCGCAAAAAAAUUAUUUCUGUUUUCUUGCUAAUUACAUAUUUCCCGAUACUUCCCCGAUAUUACAAAAAACUUAAUUUAAGUUUUACUCAUGUAAACAGUUAAUGAAUGUCUAAAAUUGUCAGUCGGCAAGAGAAAAGAAAUAUUUUUUGCGCAAAAACUGUGGAAGCUACAAGAUUUUUCAGAGGACAAAAAUGCAACAAAAGGAUUAGUGCAUCAAUUCAGAAAAAAUCUGUAAAUUCCAGCUACCAAAUGAAAAGUUCUGGUGGAUUUUGCACCAAGACACUUACGAAUUCCUCACUUGCCCAAAUCGGAUAAACCUGGUGGCUUCAUCAAAAUUUGAAUCUUAUAUAAACGCAACUCACGGCGAGUUUUUUUAACAUCCCUCGUAUCAUUGUCUCGGUAUUUUAAAAAAGAUAAUGUUGACCAUCAAUAGCCAGAUUUUUAUCGAAGUAAAAGUUAGAUCAGAUCGUCUUCUUUUGCUCCAAAAAAUAUCGUAGUACCCUUUUGAUCAUGUGCUUACGGGACACCGUGUGUAAAAGGAACAGCUUAAAUACUAGUAUUUGUCGGGAAAAUGCAGUGAAUUCAUAAUUAAGAGUACAUAAGUGAUAGAUAGAUACGAGAAUAAAAAAAUAGAGAUUAAUACUAGAUAGGACUUAGCCACUAAUUCCUAAGCGUGUGUAAGUUUCUUUUGUACCUUCGGGCAAAUAGUAAUUGUAUAGAUAUUUGCCAAGAACUGCGUAAUAAAAUCUACUAACGAUGUUGUAUAAAUAUUUAUGUAUAACUGUAUAUUCGUCGAUUAAAGAACUGUUGUAUAUAAGCGAAAGAAAUAUUAAGCAGCAUUUUCGAAUUACUUUUAUCUUUGUUUAAGCGUCGGAACUGGCUCAUUUCAAUCAACUGUUGAUUUUCGCAUUCUUCAAGACUAAACGGUUUUAUUGUUUGAAAUUUAUAUGGAAUUUAGUGGGCGAGAUUUUUCAUAUUUGCUGUUUCAAGCAGGAUCAACCGACAAGGAGAUCACGCAGUCAUUGAUGCAAAAACCCACAUUUUUCACUCGGAAUUAGGAAACCUGCAUAAUAUAAAGUACUUGUGAAUUUUAUUGGAGCAAAUAUUUAUUAACUGUAAUCUGAAUAUUAAAGGUAAGUACAAAGAAUUGUGCAGAAUUUUGGAAUGGAAAUUUGCAGUUCAAUUCUGUGCAUGUCCAUUUGUUAAAUAUUGUCUGGAUGAUUUAGUUUGUUUGCCUCAAAAACACACCAGAUGGAUAAGACACACAUCAAGAUAAGCAGAGCUUUAAACUGAUUGGAUUAAUUAUUUCCAUAAAAUGUGCCAAGAUGGGGAAACUGAGUUCAGUUGAUUUGCAAUUUUUGCAACUUGACUGCAAUCAGUUUCAAAACGCGAAAUUGCGUCAUCAAAAUUCCGAUUAACAAGUUGUUUUUGAUGCGAAAUUUAUCACCCAAAUUGAGACUUAUCGUUGCCAUUUUCUGUCUACUCCUGUAUAUUAAUUUCUGAAUUUAUUCCCUAUCGCAAAAAGAUACAUUCUGCAAAACAGCCGCAGAAUAUUUAAAUGAAAAUUCUACUUUCCACAAUAUUCGCUCAACAUUUAAUAAAUGCAGUUGCUACAAAUGAGAAUAUUUCCCCAGUUAAACGUUUUCCAGGUUUAUUUCCUGCUUGUUAUUAAAUACCUGUAUGAAAACUAAUCUUGUAAAAUACAAUGAGUAUUUUAAUAAAAUAUUUUACAAUAGAGUGACUCGCUCUUCAACAAAGUCAAGUACCGAAUUUUCAUAAAAACCGACAAAUCUUUUCCACUUUAAGACAAAAGAUUCUUCUUUUUUCAUGUGUCCUAUCCGUUGUUCUGCCAAAAAAAGUUUCAGCCGAGUAAUUUUUUAAUUUUUUUUGCGUAUCUGUAUCGUCUGUUCCAGUAUCGUGUCGAACUCAGCCAAAGGUUUGAUUAAGGUCGAUAAAGAUGUCCGUUUGGAUAAAAAACUUCAUUCUGGAAAAUGUGCGCGUUUUGAAGGCGUUUUUCAAGUCCUCCAAAGACUCUUCAAAAUCCUCCUCACAUUUUCUUCUAGUCCGAGCGUGAAUAAUGCUGAAAAAUGCCUAAAGCAUGUGCAACAUAAGGCUGAUUAAACGAUAAUCACCACACUUCUUCGUUGAAUUCUGUGUGAAUUUGCUAUUUUUCUUUCCACCCAUAUCUGCUAUAGAGGAUGCAUGCUACAAUGAAUUGGAUUUGAUCAUUUGCAAGUUACAUGGCUGUUCUCUUGGUUUGGACUUCUUGCUUCUUUGCCUUCUUGUACCUGCAUAUUCAAAAUAUAAUGUUAAAUGUUAUUAAAAAAAAAUUCUGUUUCUCGGCAUCUUCUGAAUUUUUUCUAAUACUUGUGAGUGUGGAGUUUUUAAUCUGUACUCUAUUUUUUUAGGCGUAAAAUUAGACUGAUGUUAUUCCAAAAGGCUUCCAUACCUUUGGGAUGACUCCUUGCAGUUCAGCCACUGUAAUUUCAAUAACAAUACUUUUGCACGCGAUAAUUUUCAAUUUAUAUGCCUUCUAACACAAGACCACUUGCGCUGAUGUGAAGAUGAUACCAUUAAAAUUUCGAGGGUUUUUUUGGGUUUGGAAAACCAAUUUUCAUGCUAAUUAAUGUCUGGAUGCUUUGCCGUUAAACACUCAAUUGACUAGAAUUAAUCUAUUAAAAUGUUCAGCAAGACAGAAUAAACUGCGUGAGCUAAAAAAAUUACAUUCAUUUCUAGUGCCUUAACGGUUUACUAUUACAUUGUUGUAAUUUUGGCCAACUGGAAAGGCAGUUAGUUACUUCGUAGCGAAAUACAAUCACUUUGACUACUAGAGAAAAUUAAAACUAAGUGUGUAGAAUAAUAAAAGGGAAUUAAAGCAAUAAACUGUAAAUUAAGUAAGAAGUAUGUUGUUGAAAUUUAUUUUUAUCAGUUGAAAAUUACACAUAUUUUUUGUAUUUUACUUUCAAACCUUGGAUUGACGCAAAAUUCGGUAGCAAAUUAGCAAGGUCUACUAAAAAUUAUGAAAAUUACUAGAUGUUGUAAAUGUCUCAGUGUUCUAUGUAAAGUAAUGUAAGAAGUCCUGUAUUUUAUUUACCAAAUAUAUUCAAAGAGCCAGUAUUGGAAUUUUGCUGUUUAGCAUCGAUGUAAAUAUUUUUUUAUCGCGACGCUUCAAGGGCGCCUUUGAAUUUCAUUAUGUAUGUACUUAGUUCGUUUAGAUGUAUUAUUUUAAGUACAAAUGUUGAAAAAAAAAGUUUCAUCCAUGUGUUCGCUGUCGAUUUGCCAGGAAAAUCCAUCAAAUUAUCUUUGUACAGUCGCUUUAUAAUUUACAUUUUCAUUAACUAUGUUGUAAGUUUUUAUAAAGCCGUAAUAUGACUCUAGUGCUAUUUUUAUCACUAAGGUAUUUAAGAUAUUUGUUUUUCCAAUAAAAUACUAACAAAUGUACAAA